CAACAAAAUACACUCUCUUGAUUGUGAUUGCAAACAGAGAAGCAGCCAAACACCAAAAAGCAAUUCAACUUUUCCCUUUCCCUUUCCUCCAUUUCUCUUUCUCUCUCUCUCUCACCUGGUGAUCACUAUCUAAUAUUUAUCUAUCUAGGUCUUAAUUUGCUGUUUCUCUCUCUUCUUCAUCUUUCUGCUUAAUCCAUGGACGCCAUUCGGAAGCAGGCGACCAAGCUCAGAGAGCAAGUCGCAAGGCAACAGCAGGCAGUAUUAAGACGAUUGGGAACCUUAAGUAAUGAUACCGAAAUGGUUGAUGAAGAUGAACUCUUGUGCCACCAACAACUUCAAAAUUUAUAUAAUUCUACAAGGGCAGCUAAGCAUUUUCAGCGGAAUAUUGUUCGUGGAGUGGAAGGAUUCAUUUCUGUAAGCUCAAAGCAAAUGGAGAUAGUGAGAAAGUUGGCCGAGGAUUUUUGCAAAUAUGGAGAUGCAAAUCAAACCAUUCAUUCUGCCCUUGCUAGAGCUUCCACUUACUUUGGUAUCUCACAUAAUUCGAUAGAAAAGGAGAGAGAUGCUUUGCUUAAGAUUCUUGUGGAUCAGGUUUGUGAGCCACUACGGGCACAAAUAAAUGGAGCUCCUUUGGAGGAUGCUCGUCACUUGGCUCACCGUUAUGAUAAACUGCGUCAAGAUGUGGAAGCCCAGGUGGCUGAAGUUUUGAGGCGCCGGUUAAAAUCCAGAGGCCCUUCUAUAUCUGAAGAGAGUUCAAUUAAGCUUCAAAGUGCAGAAGCAAGAUUGGCCGAGCUUAAAUCUUCUAUUAUGGCUCUUGGCCGAGAAGCGACUGCUGCUAUGUUGUCAGUUGAGGAGCAACAACAAAAGAUGACAUUCCAUACACUUCUUACUAUGGUCGAUGCUGAAAGAUCUUACCAUCAACAUGCUCUUGUUAUUUUAGAAAAGCUACAUGCUGAGAUGACUUUGGAAAAACAACCACAAGAGUUUUCACCAUCAGCAUCAAUGAAAAUCCAGAAAGACGUGUUUGAAUGGCUAGGACAUCAAGAUAAUAAGUCAAAUGGACGGAGUGAUAAUCAUGGGCAUCUAAAUAAAGAUGACAGCUUCCAGCCAAAAAAUCAAGAUGACAGCUUCCAGCAAAAAGGUCAAAAUGACAGCUUCCGGCAAAAAGAUAAAGUUGACAACUUCCAGCAAGAGAAUCAAGAUGACACCUUCUUUAUUGCUAAAGUUAUACACCAAUUUGAUGCUCAAGCAGAUGGCGAGUUGAGUUUAUCUGUUGAUGAUUUUGUUGUCGUCCGCCAGGUGGCCCCUAAUGGGUGGUCUGAAGGAGAAUGCAAUGGCAAGGCUGGAUGGUUUCCCUCUGCUUAUAUACAACGGCAAGAAAAAGCGCCGGCGACCAAAAUAAUGUAAGCAGGCUUGUGAGCUGAUCUCCAAUGUUGUUUGUCCUUUAUAUAAAUUUUUGUUAAAAUUUGUAUAUUCUCUUUCUUUCUUGUGUAUUAAAGCUUCAUUUUGUCAAGUGCUGCACCGAAGCAGCUGUGGCCUUAAACGAGAUAUCAAUGUAUACUAUGUACAAGAAUCUAUGUUUUCUGGUUUAAAAUUGUUUGAAGGAAAUUUAUGCUUUUGAAUAA